AUGGGUUCUAAUGGUGAUGACCACUCACCUGAACCCCUACGUUGUGCUAAAUUGUUGGGUGCUGCGGAGGAAGAAAACAACCUCUUCAGCGCUGAGAAUCAGGAAACGACGCGAAGAUUGUCCUUAAUACAGACGUCGGCGUACGAGAACUUUGUCGGGGGAAGACUGAGGCUGAAGGGGAAACCCGUCCACGUUAAAGCAGAUGGCAUUUCCAAAAGCAAGAAGAAGAGACACAAACACCGUAUUGCCUUCCAUUCCCAAGGUUGGUUCCACCUCAUGUGUUUUGCUUUAUCUCCUCCUUCUGUGUCUGUUAUCCAUGAGACUGAACAAGAUGGCAGCGAAGCUCAUGCUUUUGAGGAUCAUCUUACGCCAGUUGAAAGAAAAUUCCUGGAGCAGACGCACAAACUUGAGCUUCAAAAACUGGCAAAGAUGGCGAGCAAAUCACGCCAUGAUCGCAUUCAGGAAUUUAACCAGUAUUUGGCUAAUCUAACUGAGCAUUAUGACAUUCCCAAAGUCGGCGCCGGUUAAAUUUUCAUCAUCUGUGUUGUUUUCAGCUGAUUAAUUUAACUGACCUGGAUUUCAGAGUUCAAAAGGUGCAGUAUUGUUUGUUCUGAAUAACAUGCAAGUUAUAUUUGAGUUAUUCUGGUCAGUAAAUCAACUGUCUGAAAACCUUUGUAUUCUAGAACUUUUCCAGUUUGUUGGACUUCCUCUGUGUUUGAGAAAUACUGCCUCCUUUACCACCUAGAUUUUGCAUGAUUUCGUCCAUUUUAGGUGUUUGCUAGUGUGAUGAUUGUAUUUGUAUCGCC